AUGCCAUCGAUCGCAUUUGAUAUUAUUGGAACCUGCUUCACCUAUGAUGCAGGUUUGCAAGCUCUUGAGCAACGUCUAGGUGAGAAGCUGAGAGGGGCUGGCAUCUCUCCCAACAUAUUUUAUGCUGCUUGGCGAUUCUUAGCAGACCGUGAUGCAAACUACAUUCGAUCGAUUGAUGGAAAGCAUGUCCCAUUCUUAAAAGUACUCAAAUAUACCUUUACUCAAACGUUAUUCCAAUCUGAUAUUCAAAAUGCAAAAUCGUUUGCAAAAGAAGAGGAUAUCGAUUAUAUCGUUAGUCAAUACGGUAAACUUCAACCAAGAGAAGGAAUGGAAGAAAUGUUUACCAUUUUACGUCAAAAUGGAUUUACCGUUUGGGCAUGUUCAGAUGCGGAUGUGAAUAGGUUGAACGAUUGCUUUGCAUCAACUUCCAUCACAAUUCCAAAAGAUCGAAUCAUCUCAGCCGACGCAAUGGGAAGAUCGAAACCGGAUAAAGUUGUUUAUGAUUCAGCUUUACGUCAAAUGAAAGACGUUGUUCCCAAUGAUGUCUACAUCUUUGCUGCUGCUCAUGCAUGGGAUUUAGCCGGUGCCAGACAAUCAGGUUUCAAGACUGCUUAUUGUACCGCUUACGAAGGUGAAAGCGUGACUGAAUUAUGGGGCGAGAUGGAUAUCGUUGCACCUACUUUGAAAGAAUUAGCAUUCGCUUUAGUAGAAAAGUAUGGUUCAUAA